AUGAGCGACGUCACCCCCAAGAUGAAGACCGAAGACCUGGAGGAAGAAGCCGCCACCAAGUCGUCGCUCUCCCGCAGUCGUCGCACCGACAGCAAGGCCAGACGCAGCAGCUUAAGUAGCAGCAGCAGCAGCAGCUACUCGGACGAGUCCAGUGUCCCGUCGUCUCCGUCCCGACGGCAAGAAGAGCGGCCGAGAUUCGACUCGAGAGCGUCGUGGGCAGAUUCGACGCGCUUUGACAUGGGCCGAAGCGACUCGCGGGCGUCCGAGUUAUCGGCCAAGGACUUUCGCCUCACGGUGCUGGGCAGGUCGCCGUCCAUGUCUCAGAGCCGGGGGCACCGGUCGGACUCGCGGGUCUCGCGGCUGUCAAGGAGCAAUAGUCGCUCCAGUAUGAGCGGCUCGGAACGAGGUCGGCAGUCGUCGUUUGUGUCCAACUUUGGCGUGACGAAAGGCAAGAAGCGCAGGGACAGCACGGCCCUGUCGACGAUCACGGAGAACUGGAACGUGGCGGAUGACCAGUAUGGCAGUCCUUUUACUGAGAUGGAUGCACAUGACCAACCUGUUCGAGAGGAGUUACAGCGCGGACUGUCCAUUAUCAAUGACCAUACGACGAAGCUCAAGGAGAUUGAAGAUGCGAUUACAGCGGCAAUGUCGGAAGUGUGGGGAUACUGGGCAGACCCGAUACAGCUCUACCUCCACCCGGCCGAGCGCGUGGAUGUCCAGGAUCUGAUCAAGACGGACAACGAGUUGUUCAACAAGGUCUUGACGGUAUUUUCGGUGCUGUGCGACGAGAUCUCUGAGCUCAAGGUAACGGUGGAAGAUAAUUUCUACCCCGCGCUUAUCAUGUUCGGCCAGGCGUGCCAUGGAGAGGAAGACAACAUGAAAGCUGGAGAGAGCGAAGUCCACAUUGGACGCAUGCUUGCGUUCUUCCAGGACAUGUCUAACUUUGUGGACCGGUGUAAUGCCAUCACCAUUAACAUGAUCCACCAGCUUGCGAGUCUGUAUCAAAGUUUUCAGAAACUGUGGAAAUCUACGUUCAAGCUUGUGCACCUCCACCCCGUGUUUGACGCGCUGGCAAGUCUGCUUGAAGUUAUGAUAACUAUAGAUGCUAUCGUCGUUGACAAUCCGAGUAUCAUAACGUCGUGGGACAAAUACAAGCGCAUGAUGCAGUACGUGCGCUCAGACCCGCCACGCUACAACGUUACAGCUGAGAAAGUGAAGCAGUUUGAGCGGCUUCUCGUCAGCCUGGAUCAGACGAUAAUGAGCGCGCAGGUGUUCCAGAGUUGUAUCGAGCAGGACUUUGAGGUCUUUUCUGGUGGCGACGUUGCGGAAGACGACGAGGAUCUUCAUGGAAGUGACAGCGGUCGAGGCGCUGGACGUGCGAGCAGCAGUGGAGCAGAGUCCAGGAUUGACAUUCGUUCGAAUCGAGUGUUUCUGGACGAAUUUGUCCGCUGUAUCAGUACUCGCUUGAGUAUCGCUGAAAGUGCGAUUGCGUCAGCGACGGAGACGUUUGAAAGAAACGAUCUUGUGGGCACGGCAGGACUAUACGUGCUACUUCGUGGAUUGCAUCCACCCAGCGUCCCUGUGGAGCCUGUUCUAUACAAAAGGCUAUGGGAAAUGCAGUUGAAGGCUCCUUGUGUGACCAUUUGCGGUAAGAUCAUGUGGUACAUGCCCGACUUUUUGUCGAAGUACUCGCCAAUGACGUCGAAGAAGCUGCAUCCGGCCGACGCCACGCAGUUUCGUCGUGAGUAUUUACAUUCGCUAGAUCGUGCGUUCCCAGCUGAUGUCACAACCGCUAAGUUGGAGUUGAGUGCGUGGCUUGUUCGCAUGGAGUCAUAUUUCCAGCCGACGACACGCGGGAUGGGUGAUGUGUCACGAACUCUAAGCAUCCGUGGCAAUCUUAUACUCAAGGGCUUGAUUUUGGCAAAACGGGUGCAGACCAUGAUGCAUACGUUGGUCAAUUUGCACCUGUCUCUUCAAAUUCCGAUGCCUAAACGGGUGGUAAGGCCGUUGUACACGUGCAUUGAGAUUCUGAAAGCAGUUGAGUUUAUGUUCGCGCGGAAGAAUCCUAUUCUGGCCGAGUCGUCGUCUCAUUUGUUACGCCAAGUAGCGCACUCGUUGUUCUCGUUCUUCCGUCCGCUGAAAGCGCACUUGGAAGCAAGCAAGAAGUUCGAUGACACAAAGCUGGACGUUCUAGCCGCUGUGACCGUACUGGAAGAUAUCCUUAACUCGGGAGAGUCAUUUUCGUACACGCGAAUCACCGUGCUUGACCUUGCAGCUCAAAUCGCGAUGAUAUCGUCGGAAAACGACGGUGCUGCCAACGAGAAGGGCGACGAUUCGGGCACUACCGUCCGUGCGGGUCUGAAAGAUGCCGGUGAGCCUGUGAAGCUUAUAUGGAAGCUGCGUCUUUUGAGUGAUUUUCAGCGCAAGAUUCGUAGUGCUUGUGAUUGCUCUUUCUUCUACUGGAGUCGCGAGUUGUUGCACCCGUUCUUGGCGGACCUCUACCGUCAACCCGAACAAGCCAACCGCAUUCAGUACAUUGUUGGUGGGUUUCUUGACGCAAUAAAGCUGCUACGUGGUGCACAGCACGAGACAGACAACGAUCGAUAUGUGAAUGCGUACGCAGAGUUUAUCGAGUCGGUCAUGGAAGAGGAGAUUGUGGAAAAUCUGUGCAAAGACGUGGAAAAUGAUCUUCGUCUGCACGUGCACUCGGUUCACUUGGAUCACUUAGAUGCACCCAAUCCAAAGAGCGCCGACUUCAGAGUUCUGCACUACUACCUCAAUCUGCGGCCCAUCCGCCUUCACGGAAAAAUGCUUGAUCUGCGACAGCAAGUUACGCAUUACCUCGAGAGCACUUUCUACAACUUAACUACUGUCGCUCUCCAUGACUGGAAAACGUACGGUGAGAUGCGUAAUUUGGCGAAUGACAAGUACGGUUUACGUCUCGCCGACAAUCAUCUUCCUAUGGGUUCGCUUGACCAGGGAUUAGAUGUGCUUCAGAUCAUGCGCAACAUCCAGAUUUUUGUUGCUCGGUACAACUAUAAUCUGAACCAGCAGUUUUUCUUGGAGCGACGCAGUGACAAAGGCUCUCGACACUUGAACUCGAUCAACAUCCAUUCGAUCGCGAGCUCGAUACGCACACACGGCAUGGGCAUUAUGAACACGACGGUGAACUUUACGUACCAGUUUCUGACGAAGAAAUUCGACAUUUUCUCUCAGUUCUUGUUCGACGAGUACAUCAAGAGUUACUUGCAGCGCGAGAAACGUUGGUACAAGAAACACCGCGAUGACAAGGAAGUGGAUAACAAGUACCCUUUUGACCGUGCUUUUCACUUCAACAAGGACAUACGGAAGCUCGGCGUCUCGGAUUCUGGCAAGACUUUCUUGGACCAGUUCCGCAUGUUGAUUACUGAAAUUGGCAAUGCGUUGGGCUACGUGCGCAUGGUGCGCUCAGCCGGCAUGAAUCAUUGCAGCAAUGCCAUAAAAUUCGUGCCAGAUCUGAACCGCGCGCACUUCAAAUUCGAAGCUUACGCUGGUGACGGCGUCGCUGAAGAAAAGAACGAAGAGACGGGUGAGGUGGUUCAGAGUGAGAUCGUGGGCGCGAAGUUGUCCCGUGAGACUGUGGUGGCAGCUUGCAAUCUUGAUUCCGUUAUCUCGACUCUAGCCAAGAACUUUUCGGAAAACAAUGACUACUUCAAGGUACUCGUGAAGGUUUUCCAGGACGUUACAGUCAGCGACGAGCAGAAACAUUUGGUCAAUUUCUACGCCAUUCUCCCGGCACUCACCAUCAACUACGUCGAGACGACUGUGCAGGCAAAGGACCUCAUGUACAAGAACACGCGUCGACGAGAAUCGUACUUUUCAGAUGAUGGAUUUGCGAUCGGUGUUGCCUACAUUCUAGCCAUCCUUGAUCAAGGAGAGCAAUUUGACGCGCUGCACUGGUUUGAAGAGGUGGAGCGGAAGUACAAGGUCGAGGAGGAGGCCUACAAUGAGAAGCAAAGUGAACGUGAGGCCCGCAAACGCGAGCAGACGGCCAAGAAGCAGAAGGAGACUGCUGCUGAGCUGAUCGAUGACGAGGAAGAAGUGCAUACGCUGCAGCUCACCGCCAAACGCAUCGAGUUGAAUCGCCGUGAGUUUGACCUGCUUGACUGGUCUCUCAACGGCGCUCGGAUUUUUUUCAAGGACUAA